CACAUAUACCUCGAAAAGCGCAAUGUCGCCCUCGUAUGGCUCUUUUCGGAGUCCUCGGCCGUCGAAUUCGCGGUCAUCGACAUUUCCUAGCUACAAUACCUCCCGCAAGAAGCCUCGACGCUGGCCGUUGGUCCUUCGAUUCGUCAAAGGAGCCGUGCAUGUAGAUAUCGCUAUCGCGGUAAUUCUACAUGCGGCUUUCACGGCGUUGAUAUGCUACUGGCAGGUGGAGAAGAGUGGACACUUGUCAAUUCCUUCCAGCGUCGUGCCCAGUCUGAGUAUUGUGGUCGGCUUGAUGCUGGUGUUUCGCAAUGGAACAAGCUACGAUCGUUUCUGGCAGGGCAAUCAACUUUUCACAACCGUCGUCACGAACAUCCGCAAUCUUACCCGCAGCUUUUUGGCCUGCUCGCACACCUCCAAAGGCCCUCCACCCACGGACGUCGAACGCGCCGACACCGAGCGCACCGUCCGCGUGCUCCUGGCUCUCGUCUACGCGACCAAGAACCACCUCCGCGCCGAGUGGGGCGGCGCCAUGCCUCCCUUGCUGCUAGCCCAGUCUGAGAUCGAACGCCAUCGCAGGGAGAGCGUCUCGGUGCAUAAACCAGAGUACGCUGAAUUGCUCCCUCCCGGAACGCGUGGGCACGAAGAGUCCGGGUUGGGAUUGUUGCUGCAGCUCUCCAUUCAAGUCGAAGCGUACAUCAAACGCGCCCACGAUCGAGGUUGGUUCCACAGUCCGCAGGCGUCACAGAUGAGCGUGCAGCUCAAUACACUCGUGGCGGCGUAUGGAAGUAUGGAGACGAUUCACCUCACGCCACUGCCAGUGGCGUAUCUGAUCCACAUGCGACAGGUGUUGAGCUUGUUCUGUUGCGUGUUGCCAUUCGCAUGGGUAGCGGAGAUGGGUUGGUGGACGGUGUUGAUGGUCGCCGUGGUGUCGUUCACGCUGUAUGGCAUUGAAGCUAUUGGGCAACAGCUUGAGGAUCCGUUUGGGUACGAUCGAAUUGAUAUCAAGGUCGAUGCUAUCGCGGAGGAUUUGAGGGUCGAGACGACGGUCUUGCUGGAGAAUUGGAGGAGAGGCGGAGAUAUGUUUCCGAAAGAUCAGCUGUAA